AUGGCUACUCAAGCAACUUCCAGAACCCCUCGCGAAACUCCCUCAACCCCAACCAAGGUCAAGAGUGCCGCUUCCUCGGUCAAGGGAUCGCCCAAGUCUGCCGCGUCCAAGACCCAGAAGCAGGUCGAUAAGAAGACGCCCCGUAAGUUGAAGCGCAAGGUGGACGAUACUAUCACCCCAGCCGCAGAGCGGACUUCGGAGCCGGCUUCGGUGACGAAAGAUCUUCCUUCUCGUCCCGCAACGGCGAAGAAGAGUGCCCCUAAUAAGAGGCUGGAGCAGAGGGCUCCUGAGCCCGAGCCUGAGCCCGAAGAGCAGCCUGAGGAGCCUGAGGAGGAGCCCGAAGAAGAACAGCAGGAAGAGCAGCAGGAAGACGGUGAGGCUGGCAUCCAGCUUGAAGACAACGACGCCAAUGGUGAGCAAGAAGACGAAGAGCAAGGCGAAGAAGACGACGACGAAGAGGAUCUCGUCUCUGCACCCACCGAACAGCGUGAUGAGCUCGCCGACAACCAAUCCCUGGCUUCGGGCUCCGCUACUGGUGGCUUCUUCAGCCGCACCGGCAACGGUCUCAACAGCUUCGCCCGUGGCCUGCGCGGAGUCGCUGGUAGCUUGAGCAAUGGCAAAGCCAAGGGUGCUGCUGGCGGUCUCACUGAUGCGGCCGCUGGUGCCAAAGACACCGCUCAAGGUACCGUUGGCGACAUUGCCAACAGUCUCCCUCUUGACCUCUCUGCCUUGAAGGGUCUCGAGGUUGGCGAAGGCGGCAAAAUCUUCGACAAGUCCGGUAACGCUCUUGGAGAAGUCGUUGAGGGUGACCCUGAAGACCUCGUCGGCCAGACUGUUGGCGACGAUGGUGAGAUUCUCGACGAAGACGGCGAUCUCAUUGGUCGUGUUGAGCUUCUCGAUGAAGUCCAGAACAAGGUUACAGAGACUCUUGACCAGGUCAAGGACAAGCUUCCUUCACUUGAAGACCUCAAGGGUCUCCCCGUCUCAGAAGGCGGUGAGAUCAAGGACAAGGCUGGCAAUGUUCUCGGCCGCAUUGUCGAGGGCGAUCCAGAAGAUUUGGUCGGACAGACACUCAACGAGUCUGGCGAGAUCUUGGACGAGGAUGGAGAUCUGAUCGGCCGCGCCGAAGUUAUCUCUCCCGAGGAAGCACUCAAGACAAUUCAGGAGAAUGGCGCUGGUCUUGAUGAUAUUGAAGAAACCGCCGAGGAUGCCGUUCCUGACGACGUCAAGGACAAGGUCGAGGAUGUGAAGAACAACCUUCCCGAACUCGCUGACCUUGAUGGGCUGCCCGUCGCCGAUGGCGGUGAAAUCAAGGACAAAGCCGGCAACGUCGUCGGCAAAGUCGUUGAAGGCGACCCCGAAGACCUUGUGGGCCAAACCGUCAACGACGCUGGCGAGAUUCUCGACGAAGACGGAGACUUGAUCGGCCGCGUUGAGGUCUUGUCUCCUGACGAAGCCGCCCAGAAAGUGACCGACACUAUUGAUGACGUCAAAGACCAGGCCACCGAAGCUGCUGAAGGCUUGAUUCCCCAAAUCCAGAUUCUCCAAGGCAAGAAGAUCAACAAGAAGGGAAAGAUCCUCGACGAAGAAGGCGAGGUCAUUGGUCAAGUCGCUGAAGGCUCUGAAGUCAAGGACCUCGCUGGCAAGAAGCCCAAUGAAAAGGGUGAAGUCUUGGACAAGGAAGGAAACGUCCUUGGAAAGGUCGAGGUCGUCCCUGGUGAAGCUGCCGACGAGGCUUUGAAGUCUUUGCAAGAAGAAGCCGAGGAGGCUGGCAAGGGUGUCGAAGGUCUUACUGACAAGGCUGGAGAGGCUGUCGACGAUGUCAAAGAUCAGGCUGAAGGUGCUGUCGAAGACGUCAAGGGCUUGUCUGCUCUUGAUGGUCUUCAAGUUAAUGACGAGGGCAAUGUUGUCGAUUCUGACGGCAACGUGCUCGCCAAGCUUGAGAGCGGCAACCUUGAAGAAAUCGCGGGCCAGACCGUCAACGAGAAAGGUCUCGUCAUUGACGACGACGGCAAUAUCCUUGGACGUGUCUCACUCAUUGACGAAGCUAAAGAUGCCGCCGGUGACGCAGCUGAAGGCGCCGAGGAUGCUGUCGAUGAAGCUAAAGAUGCAGCCGAAGAUGCCGCUCCUGAGCUUCCUGAUCUAUCCACCUUGGAAGGCUUGAAGGUUAACAAGUUCGGCAAGAUCAUCAAUGCUGAUGGUGUCCCCGUCGGCGAGCUCAUUGAAGGAGACGCCAAGAAGCUUUCCAAGCUUGGUGCCACUCUUGACGACAAAGGCCAGUUCUGGGACAACCGUGGCAACGUUAUUGGCAAGGCUCAGACCAUCCCCGUUGAAGACAACGACACCGAAGGCGCUUUCGCUGGCCUCGAAGGACUUAUCGUCGUCAAGGACGGCUGGGUUGAGGACGACAACGGUAACCGUGUCGGACAGCUCGUUGAAGGCGACGCUAAGAAGCUUGUUGGACGCGCUGUUGACGAGGACGGUGACAUUCUCGACAAGCGCGGCAAUGUUGUUGGACGUGCCGAGCGUUACGAGCAGCCUGAAGAAGAGCCUGAGCCUGAGCCUGAAGUCGAGAAGACUGAUUUCUCCAGCGUUGCUGGCCUCAAGCCCAACAAGUCCGGAAACGUCAUCGGACCUGAUGGUGUGCCCAUCGCCCGCGUUGUAGAGGGUAACCUAAAAGAAGUUGCCGGUCGCAAGAUUGACAAUGAAGGCCAGAUCUGGAAUGAUGCUGGAAAGGUCGUCGGUCGUGUCGAACUUAUCCCUGAGGAUGAGCGCGAGACCAAGCCUGAGGGUAUCUUUGGCGGUCUUGAGGGUCUCGUCGUCAACAAGGACGGUUUUGUCGAGGAUGAGGAAGGAAACAUUGUUGGCAAGAUUGUUGAAGGCGACGCCAAGAAGUUGCGUGGUCGUGCUGUCGAUGAGGAUGGCGACAUUCUCGACAAGCAUGGCAACGUCAAGGGUCGUGCUGAGCCUUAUGAGCCUCCUGAGGAGGAGCCUGAAGCAGAAGAAGAUUUGUCUGCUCUUGAAGGCAAGAAGGUCAACAAGAUAGGCAAUGUUGUUGAUGAGCAUGGCACCGUUUUUGGCCGUAUUGCUGAAGGCGAUCCCAAGAAGCUUGCUGGAAAGCGCGUUGACGGUAAAGGUCAGAUCUGGAGUGACAACGGCAAGGUCAUUGGCCGCGCUGAACUCAUCCCCGGCAACGAGCAAGGCAAACCUGAAGGCGCAUUCUUUGGCUUUGAUGAGGCCAAAGUGGGCAAGGAUGGUGUUGUCGUUGACGCCUCCGGCAAGAUCAUUGGUCGUCUGACUGAAGGCGAUGCAAAGAAGCUUGUUGGCCGCCCUGUUGAUGAGGAUGGCGACAUUCUCGACAAGUCUGGCAAUGUCAUUGGCAAGGCCGAGCGAUGGGAGCCAGAGGAGAAGAAGCGCGAUGUCAACCCCAUGUCUGGCCGCAAGGUCAACAAGCAAGGUGAAGUCCGCGACGAGAAUGGCGAUCUCAUCGGCAAGGUUACAGACGGUAACUUGCAGAACCUCAUUGGUAAGAGCAUUGAUGACAAUGGAUACAUUGUCGACAACGACGGCAACAAGAUUGGCGAGGCUACUCUGAUUGAAAAUAUCCCUGAGCCAGAGCCAGAGCCCGAAGAGGUCGAAGAGCCUCAGGAAGAGAUUUCUCCCGAGGAGCUUGAGAAGCAGAAGCAGGAACAGAACGAUCGCAAGUUGGCUGAACGUAUCUGCGCUAUUGUGCAGGAUACUCUAAGCAAGAUCCAGCCUGUCUGCAAGCAAAUCACCGACUUGAUUGAAAAAGCCGACCGCACGCCCAAAGACGAACUUGACGAAGAGAAGCUCGUCAACGACGUCAAACCCCUCCUUGAAGAAGGCGGUCGCAUGCUCCAAGAAUGCAACGGCGCAAUCCGCGCUUUGGAUCCUGACGGCCGUAUCGCCGCAACCGCCAAAGCGCGCGCCGCAACACACGAAGCCAGCCCCGAGGAAUACCGUCUCGCAGAUGCCCUCAAAGAGUUGACUCAGACCGUCGUAAAGACGAUCGACAACGGCCGCAAACGCAUCCAGGAUAUGCCGCAUGCGAAGAAGAAGCUGAACCCACUGUGGUCUCUCUUGACAGAACCCUUGUUCCAGAUCAUUGCUGCGGUAGGAUUGUUGUUGAGUGGUGUGCUGGGACUCGUGAGUCGGUUGCUUGAUGGCCUCGGUCUUGGUGGCUUGGUUAGGGGUUUGUUGGGUGGUUUGGGCGUUGACAAAUUGUUGGAAGGAUUGGGUCUUGGUACGAUCACGGAGUCGUUGGGAUUCGGGAAGAAGAAAUAA